AUGAGGAAGGCUAGCAGACUCUGGCGACGUCUACGGGGCGGCCGUAGUGACAAAACUCAAGUUGCUGAUGAUGCUACUGGCGACUCGAGUAACCUGAAUAGCGACUCACAGGAGUCAGCAUUGCCGGUUGCCGUGCAUAGUGAUGCAUUGGACCCACUUCUGGCUCCGGAGCGAGAUGACAGAGAUACCGCCGAGACAAUGUGGCUCGAUGCUUACAAGAAACUGGAGGAAGGACAAGAAACGAGGGAGAUGGUUAUAGCCUAUGAAGAACUCCUCGGCCAGCAGCUUAAUGGAUUAGGCAAAAUGGUUGAGAUUGACGUGGAUGCUCCGAACGCCUUUUCUGGCUGCCCCAAUCCUGAAGAAAAGAUCUCUACUAUGAGGAGAGUGACAGAAGCAACACUGGAGAAAGCCUCCCGUCACAGCGAAAGCAAGCAGAAGUUUGUCAAAGCAGCCAAGGUUAUUAGCACAAUCAGUUCAUCCAUCAUCAAGCCGAUGCUCCAGACUGAGGCCGUAGCCUCAUUGGCAUGGGCCGGUGUUUGUGUUGCUCUAGAGGAGCUCUACUACAACCUGCUCAUCUAUGAGAUGCAGUGUGUCUGCUAUUGCUACCGAGAUAGCCAUGUUAAGAAGACGUUGCAGGCUUUAGUAACAUUGGAUGAUUGGAAGGGAAGACUGACUAGCAUUAAAGAGCUGGAAUCCCGCAUUCAACUGGACGUGUCUCAAUUUGGACAUGUCCAAAUACAAGACGACCUCGACAACAUUGCUCAGAAUGCCGAGAGAAUGUUUACCGGCAUUGAUCACUACCUUCAACGGCUCCUCGAAAAUCAGGAACAAACUUUCAGUGUCCAAGAGACUAUACGACUUCAAGAACUUGUCGGGCAAUUCUCCACUUCGGACUACAACAAGCAGAUGAGACUCAAUCCCACUCGCAUACCAGGGACUUACCCUGGGUGUGGCAAGUCGACUCUAGCUCGUUGCUUGAUUGAGGAGGUACUGCCACAGCAGAAAUCUACAGGCAAGCUGCUGUAUUUCUUCUUCAAGGAUACCAAUGAGCAGAAGCGGCUCAGCACAGCCAUAUGCGCUGUUCUGCAUCAAAUGCUGCUGGAUGAUCAUACUCUCGUCAGCAAGGUGGAAGAUCGUAUAAAACAAGCGGGGGAGAAAGUCACCGAGCACACUUCGAUUCUCUGGAAACUUUUCUCCCAAGCUUGCGAACGCUGUUCGGAGAGUAUCAUUUGUGUAUUGGACGCCAUUGACGAAUGCGACCCUGGAGACAGUCCUGAGCUUAUUCGAAAUAUCCAAGACUUGGUUAAGAGUGAGCUGCGAAUCAGGUUUCUUAUUACCACCCGUGGAUAUCCCCGACUGUUAAAUCAAUUCAAUGCAUACGAGUCUGGCUUGAUCUAUCUCGACGGCGACGGAAAGAAUGAGAAAGAUGCGAUACAAGAGGAAAUUAGCCUUGUUCUUGACUAUAGAUUGGAAGAGCUGUCCAAAAUCAAGAAACUCGAUCAGCAGCCCGAGAGGAAGACUGCCAUCGAGGAAGCUCUUCGGUCGAAGGGGUCCAAGCAAAGGACUUACUUGUGGCUAAAACUCGUUUUUGAUAUUUUGGGACGAAUACCCUGGAAGUCAGACAGUGACUGGAAGAAAGUGAUCAACUCACCUCCACAGGAUGUGAACGACGCAUACGCAACGCUACUACAAAAGGUUCCCGAGGAAGAGAAAUCUUACGUCAAAAUUCUGCUGCAUCUCGUGGUCGCUGCGCGCAGACCACUGACCCUACGAGAGAUGGCAAUCGCGAUAGUCGUCCGUGACAAUCCUGGCGCCAUUGACGAGAAAAGCUUGGGAUUGCAAUCAGACACCGAAUUCAAGAAUUGGAUUCUUCACACAUGCGGCUUCUUCGUCACCAUCUACAACAACGAGUUGUAUUUCAUACACCAGACCGCAAAGGAAUUUCUAGUGAAUUACGGACGAGACGCAUCAUGGCCGCAGGUGCUUGAUUGGUUUUCCCCGGUAACUGACCAGAUCGCUCACAAGAGCAUGGCAGAGAGCUGCAUAUCUUAUAUCUCUUUGAAAAAGUUUCGCUAUCGACGAUUUCAGGAACGAGCCAGGGCAUUUGAAUAUCCGGAGCUUCGCAAAGCAGACUGGAACAGGGCCGAAGAGAGAAACUGUCUCUUCAGAGACCAUGGAUUCCUUGAAUACACUGUCAACUUUUGGACGGAUCAUUUCGAACUCUGCCAAAAUUUCAAAGGUUUUGAUUGUGAAGACGUGGAAGAAGCAUUCACAUCGCAUUACAUCGCCUUGUUCGUUCCAGAUGGCACCAAUGCUCCUGGCUGGAUGUGUUUGCACCCAUGGAGCUUUCAGAAUGAUUCGCACCAUGUUUUAGAAGAAGUCCAGAGCUUGUUCGGCAACUACAAUCUGAGCUAUACGGCUUUACAUUCUGAUCAUUGUCGCCUCCUCAAGUAUAGCCAGUGUCAGAACGCACAGGCUAGCAACACUUUGCUACACACCGCUGCGAAGCUGAAUGCUUCCAACUGUGUUCGAUAUCUCAUUCUUAAUGGUGCUGAAAUCGACGCUCAGGAUGAUUCGGGCAACACUGCUCUGUGUCUGGCCACGCGUGGUAGCGCAAUGACAUCGGCGACCACCCUUCUCGACUACAACGCGGAUGUUAACCUCGGCAAGACAACUGAUCAGUUGCCUUUAAGUCAUGUGUUGAAGCAAUUGCAAACUUUGAGACAUGAGCCUUUCGAGCUGCUACGCAAGAUUGUUGACCACGGAGCGGACCUGAAUAAUACUUUCAUGAAAGGAACGAGGCUAUGGAGACCUUUGGCAUGGAUCUCCUGCAUCGUGUGGGACAGUAUGGUGCCAUACAACUUGGAUUCGAGCAGUACACUGUCGUUGGACGAGUGGGUAAUUGGGAAAUCUUCCGCAUCCGAAAUCAACUCUGUACCUGAUCUCUUCCUGAACCUGGAUCUUUCCUCAGAAGAACACUUUGUGGCCGCGUACAACAAUAGCCUCACAAAAUUCUUUCUUGAUCAUGGAGGAAACAUUGACGACACUUUUCCAUAUGCAUCCGAGAACAAUGAUCACGCAGUUCCCAUGACUGCGCUUGAACAUGCCUGUGUUUUUGCAACGAUAGAGGAGCCCACUCACACAUUUUGGAACGCCUUGUCCCUCUUGUACAGCGGUGCAGAUGGCAGUAUCAAUACCGAGACCACACACUCUGCUCUCGACAGGCUUCUUUUCCCGGAACCAUAUGAAGCAGAACAUUAUUUCGACCUCACCUCUACACUGCGAGGCAAGGAUCGCUGUCAGAUCCUGGCCACGCUGCUGCUUGAGCAAGGUCCAACAUCGGGAUAUAUCAACAGGAGAUUCGCAAGCAAAGCCAUGCAAACCCGCCUCCACAUGGUCGCCAACGGAGUGAAGUUUUUACAGAUGAAAAUGGAGCUAUUGUUGAGCCACGGGGCAUAUGUCGACUGCCGGGACGACAACGAGAAGACACCGAUGCACUAUUUGGUUUCACGGGGGUGGUGGGGAUCGGAAGAGUGUGCAGCUUUGAAACUGCUCAUAGAUAAAGACGCAGAUCUCGAAGCGCGGGACUCGCUCGGACGAACACCAAUGCAUUACGUCGAAGAUUCAACUGCGCUUGACAUACUCGUCGAAAACGGCGCUGAUAUUGAGGCACGAGACUAUCAAGGAAACACGCCGUUGCUAGCUAUCUUGGCACGUGGUGAAGAUUACAAUGGAUCAAAACUCAUACAAUCUCUGCUUACAAUCAGUUCGGACCCGACAGUUAGCAAUUGUGCGGGGGAGACACCAAUGCAUAUUGCGGCGACACUUGGCUUGAUCGCGAGCCUUGCACAUCUGCUCGAUGACGGGGGAGAUCUGGAAGUUACAGACAAGGCCGGUGACACGCCUCUACAGGCUGCUUUGAAUCAUCAAUCACUCGAAACAGCCGUCUGUCUGCUUGAAAGAGGUGCCAUUGCCAAGCCUCUGAUGGAACGCGGAUUCGACAUAGAACAACGCGAUGGACAUACUGGCGCAACUCUGCUGGCCUUUGCAUCAGGCUACCAUGCUCAUGAUAUUGUGAGAACGCUGCUGCGGCGAGGUGCGAACCCCAAUGCACUCCCCAAAGUCGGGUUAGCCGACGUAGAGAGCCGAUGGACACACGAUGCCGCGAUCACAAUCGAUUUACUGCUGAAGCACGGGGCUGAUAUCAAUGCAAAAUCGAGCGUGGGGAUGACACCGCUACACGUUGCGUGCGAAAGAGGCAAUGAAGAAGGAGUGCAUUUCUUGCUGCAAAGGGGCGCGCGUGUUAAUCUCACGAAUUGGGACGAUGAGUCGGCUCUCUAUUUUGCAUGUACAGAUUGGCAACCAAGCCCAACGCUUCUUCAAACCCUCCUAUUGCAUGGGGAAACUUUGGGCUCGGGUUGUUAUGAUGAGCCUGAGCUGUACAGCAUGGCUGAGGCCUGGGAAUAUGCUGCAGAUGACCCGAAUGGCAACGAGUACGAAGAUUCUGAUUAUUCCAGCCAUAGCUCUUGCCAGAAAACUGACUCCGACACGAUCAACGAUUACACGACUGGUCUGAAUCACAUUUCGUGCUGCCCAUGUCGACAGUGUUGUCAUGAGAGGCAGGCUUGUGCCACGGCACAGAUCUUGAUGGAUGCAGGUGCUUGGACACAGCUUCGAGAUUAUAAGCAGAAGGUCGAUUCACCUGUUGAGAAGGCCAGGGAGAAUGGGUGGGCGGAUCUGGCCAUGCUCCUGAAGGAAGCAGCUGUGCCAAAUUGGCGACGUGCUUGGUUGCCCCCGAAUACGAGGAGGUGGUCUUUACCUGCUGAAAAGUCAGCGAGACUUGACCUUGAUCAUUCAGAUGACGAUUCAAGCAACGGAAUGGCAGGACUGUGA